AUGCUGUCAAAAUUGGAUUGCAAUCGUUCCAAAGAAGCUGGAGCUUUGGGAUUGGAUAGUUCUGUUCUUGAGAUGUUGAAAAACAUUGAAAAGAUAUCUGAGGCCUGCAAAAAGCACAAACAGAAAACCUUAUAUUCGAGAAAAGCUCGUUCUGCGUUAAAAUCAUAUCGGAUAGCUGUCGAUAUGCUAGCGAGUGGAUUUUCUCAAUACAAGACACAAACCUAA